CGCAAAAGUUCCAGCUUUUCGACCGUUUUCCCAUUUUCCACAACAGCCCGUCCGUUCUCAGUCAUUCAAAGCAAGAUUCAAUUUUGUUCUCAUAUCCCAAUUCCCAAUGCACGACAAGCGACCGGUCGUUGUGCUCCUCCGAGAAGCCCGAGUUGGACGCGAUCCUUACAUUGAGGCGUUCGGGCGAGUCGAGGGCUGCGUCGUCGCGUGCGUCCCAGUGCUCGAGGCCGAGCUCGUCAAUGCAGAGCAGCUCGAUCAGCGCGUGGCGAGGCCCGACAGUCAUGCUGGAAUGGUGCUGACAAGCAAGCGCGCCGUCCAGGCUGUGGCCGAGAGCCUCGCGCGGUGUGGUGGUGCUGACCAGGAUAGUCCAAUCCACAAAGCAUGGAAGGACCGAGUCUGGAUGGCGGUCGGAGAGGCGACGGCACAAGAAAUUGUCAAGCUCGGUUUUGAGGCGCAGGCGAGCGAAAGCGGAACCGGCGAGGCCUUGGCGCAUGCAAUCACUGCACGGUUUGGUGUUGCUAAUAAUGCGACAGUCACACCGGCACCAGGCGUUGGAUUGUCAAGCACACCAGCGCCAAUCCGAAAUCUGCCGCUAUUGUUUCCUUGUGGUGAAAAGCGACACGAUGCCAUCCCCAAGGCGCUGGCUGCUGCUGGCAUUCCUCUGUCAGAGAUUGUCGUCUACCAAACGAGCGGCAACCAAGACUUGUUCCAAACCGGACUGCGAGCCACCUUGGACCAGCGAAUCGAUCAAGCAGACGGUGUCUGGUUCGUCUUUUUCAGCCCAUCAGGCGUUGAUACUGCAUUGAGCUCAAGUCUCAGCCUUGUGCAGUCGCUUGGCGUGUUGCAUUUGCUUCGGUUUGCCGCGAUCGGACCCACCACCGCCAGCCAUCUCGCUCGGCAAUUACAGACCUUCCCGGAUCCAUCACAUCCCGGUGCCUGUUUUGCCGUUAGUGCAACAGCGCCUGCGCCAAAUGCCGACUCCCUGCUUGUUGCUAUGUCUCAGUGGCGGCCGGUCUCCUGACCAAGUGGGACCAGUUGAACGGUUUUUGCUUCGGUUUUUUUUUUCCCUUGCCUAUGUGUUUGUUGCGAUUAGGCAGAUUAUUUAUUCAUGCAUUCUUCCACUUUAGCCACAUGGACUGGAGCUGUCAGUCGCACUGUGACCUGUUUGCGCUUGUCAAUCACUUGCAAUUGAUUGCAGCCGUUCGAUCCUUUUUCUUUUUCGGUCCCAUCUCGUUUCAAUCAACUCAAUCAAUUCACC